GCGGCCUGGCCCGGCCCCGUCCCCGUCAGCGUCCCGGCCCCGGCCCGGCCGGAGCGGCGCCUGGGAGCCCCGGCAGCGGGGGCAGAGCGGCCCCGGCCCCGGCCCCGGUUCCCCUCAGGCGGAGGCGGCGAGCGGUGACGCCCCCGCCCCGCGGCCUCCCCCAUGGUGGGCUUCGGGGCCAACCGCAGGGGCGGCCGGCUGCCCUCCUUCGUCUUCGUGGCGCUGCUGGCCGUCAUCGCCGUCCUCGCCUUCAACUGCUGGAGCGCCUCGUCCCGCCAGGCGCUGCUGCAGGAGGAGCUGGCCGAGCUGCAGAGCCAGGCCCAGCGCACCGAGGUGGCCCGCGGGCGGCUGGAGAGGCGGAACUCGGACCUGCUGGGCAAGGUGGACUCGCACAGGAAGCAGCUGGAGCAGAAGGAGGCCGACUACAGCCACCUCAGCAGCCAGCUGCAGGCCCGCGACGGGCAGGUGAAGCAGUGCGAGGACAGCAAGAUUAAGCUGCAGAACAAUAUAUCAUAUCAAAUGGCAGACAUACAUCGUUUAAAGGAACAACUUGCGGAGUUACGCCAGGAAUUCAUUCGUCAGGAAGAUCAGCUUCAUGAGUACAAGAAGAACAAUACUUACCUUACAAGGAGACUGGAAUACGAUAGUCUCCAGUGUGGGCAGCAGAUCAAGGAAAUGAGACUGCAACAUGAAGAAAACAUAAAGAAAUUAAUGGACCAAAUUGUACGGGAACAAAAGGCCGCACAGAAAAUUCAAGCCAGUAAAGAUACUGAAGUAAAUCCCAAUAGUGAUGACCAGGCAAUAUCUAAGACUGUUACAGAGACAGAAGAUAAAAAUGCAGAAAAGAAUGAGCAGCCUUCAGAUCAUGUUGUAAACGGCAAAGAAAAAAUCAAAACAGGAGGAGAUGCAGGCAUGCCUGAAAUAGAAGAUAAUGACCCUGCUAAGGCUGAAGAUACUCCCACAGCUUUAAAGAAGCCACUUAUUUCAGCUCCUAGAAGUGAUGGUCAUCAACCUGUUAUAAAUCUUCCAACUGAACAGCCCCAUGCUCCAAAUCUGGCACCAGGUUUGCAUGGUGGCAAUGACGGAAAUGUUGAUACUGUGAAAGAGAUACCUCCAAAUUCUCCUCAGCAUUUAAGUUUUGGAGAAAAUAUGGGAGGUCAGAAAGAACACAAAAUUGAAGCUGACCAUAUAAAACUUCCAAAGAGCAAAGUUGGCGACUUGCAAAAGAUGAAGCAAAGCCGAUUCUUUGAUGAGAAUGAAUCCCCUGUUGAUCCGCAGCAGGGUUCUAAACUGGCAGAUUAUAAUGGGGAUGAUGGGAACGUGGGUGAGUAUGAGGCAGACAAACAGGCUGAGCUGGCUUACAAUGAGGAAGAGGAUGGUGAUGGUGGAGAAGAAGACGUCCAAGAUGAUGAAGAAAGAGAUCUACAGAAUGACCUCGUCGAUUACGGCAAGCCACGUUUCGGUGAUGGUGUUCUUUAAAGCUUGAAUGAAACAGGAAAUGUAGAUGAGAAGAGAUCUCAACUGAAGAACUUGAAGUGCUGCAAACUGAACCAUUUUUACUUCAGUGUUUCAUACUUUAAAAGAAACUGAUAAUAAACCCGAUAAGUAUACUCGAAGUUAGUGAAGUAACAGAAGGAAGCAGUUGUGUACAUAUGUACAUAGUUGUACUAUUGCAAAUUGUAUUAAAACUACAUUUUUGUUGUUACAUUGAGCCAAUUACUUAGACUGUACCUUAUCUGUAAGAAUCUUUUCAUCUGAAACCAAUAUUAUAAAUAUGAGCUGAGCUGUUUCUGCAAAUUAGAAAACUUUGUAAACUGGAGAACUUGUACAGUUUGUAUCUCAUGUAACAAAUACACUGUGGAAACAAUGUACAGCCAAAGGACUCCUUUUCUACAGUAAUACCUGUAUGAGCAAAAAUACUCCGCUUUUUUCAUGAGUGCUGUGUUUUUGUAUUUUGCAGGUGAGCUAUCAGUUGAGAAUGAAAACUGAAUGUUUAAAAAAGUUGCUCCUUCCUUAAUGUAACUGAGGAAAGAUACAACAGCGAAGUAGUCCUCAGAAGCAAGUACCGUUUUAAGUCUAAUAUCCAGUGACCAAAAGUCAUAGCUACAGCUGGAAAUCAGUGAUAGUAGAAUUUCAGUAAUUUGAUACAUCCUGAAAAAAGUUAAUAUCUUAUUUUAGAAGGUAAUAUAGAUAAUUCAACGCAGCUCGUAGGAAAUUUUUGUGUACGUGUUAAAAAAGAGCAAGUGUUAUAGUGAGAAACAAAGACAAGUUUACAUCAGCUUUGUAGGAACCUUAUUGGAAGGAACAACCCCUCCCCUCAGUAAAUAUGUUGUAUCCACUGUUUUACUGUUUCAAGAGCCUCCAUCCUGCGUCACACUCACUUGAGUUAAUUUACAAUUUAAUACUUUGAUACAGAUCUCUCUUGACAUCUGCCACGUUCCUUGUUUUGCGUUUCUAUCUCAGAUGAGUUUGUAAGUUAGAUACUUUUUGUAUUAUGUGUUUAAGCACUUUCUGAAUUUUAUGGAAAUGAUUCAAUUGAUGUACAGUAGAGGAAAUUAAGGUUAUUAACCCAACCUGCUUCUCCAAAAGGGCUACUGUGAAAAGAAAUUAUAGGACCUUUGACUUGGGUGAUUGUACUUUAUCUCUGCACUCAGGUUCCAAUUUCAAAUAACAGUUAAGGUUUGCUUGAUGUCAUUUCAGUGGACCUAUUAAAUUUCAAAAGUUGUACUUUUUUUUUUUUAGCUGUAGGGAUAUUCUUCUAAUGAAUCUUCAGUAUACAAGAAAUAAAAAUUUCAAAUUCUGGUGAUGCAUCUCAAGGGUUUUGUUGUGUUGUUUAAGGCUUGAGCUCUUCAUUACAUCGUACUCGUGGGAGGCAGAUGGGGGGAAUAGCCCUUUGCAUGGUGUGAUAUCCUUUCAGUUAAAAAUAAAAUGCUGAACCUCCUCCGAAUUAGACACCGUACUAAUACCACACAGUAAGUAUAAACCUGUACCAGGAUUCUAAGAAUAGCAGUCUUCAGUAAGUACUGUAUUUAAGCACUGCAACUUUUUGUUUGUCUUAAUGUAAUUUCGCCCUGAAUUAGGUGUUAACUUGAUUCUUCUAAUGAAAGCAACAUAUAUGGGUUCUAAUAAAUUAAGUUGUUCAAAGUU